UUGAAUGUCCAAAUUAGAUUGAAACCAAAGAAAAAAAUAACAGUAGGAAAGAGAAAAUGGAUAGGGUGUAUUCAGUGGACGAAAUCUCCGACUGGCCGCCUCCGCCGUCUUCUUCCACCUCCGGCGAUGAAGGUUUGAAGAUGAACCGCAGCGCAUCGGAAUGGGCCUUCCAGAGGUUUCUUCAAGAAACAUCGGGAUCAGUCACCUCUUUACAACCACAACCACAACCACAACCACAACCACAACCACAAUCUCAACCACCACUGCCACCACUACCUCCUCCGCCUUCUUUUUCGGCCGCUGACGAAAACGAAGUCGUUGAGGUCAAGGCAAAAGAUAAUCUGAAACCAUCUGGGGCUCCGUUGUCCUCUUCCUGUAUUCCGGUGGACUCGGAGGACUACCAGGCUUUUCUCAAGAGCAAGCUUAAUCUCGCAUGCGCUGCCGUCGCUAUGUCUCGGGGAGGUUUGGGAAAUGUUCAAGAUUCGGCUACUUCAGCUGACUGUGGAUCAAUUACCUCAGUAACUCAAGCUCCUUCAAAAGGAGCUGGGUAUGAUUUGUCCAGGUCUCAAGACAAGGAUGCUAAUGGAUCACAUGGAUCUCCAACCUUGAAUAUACAUAAGAGUUCUGUGGUUUCACUACGGCCAGCAACUAGUGGUUCAUCAAGAGAACACUCAGAUGACGACGAACUUGAAGGAGAGACUGAAAUCACUGAAAAUAUGGAUCCUGCUGAUGUGAAACGCGUAAGGAGAAUGCUUUCCAAUAGGGAGUCAGCUAGACGCUCAAGAAGAAGAAAACAAGCACAUUUGACUGAGCUUGAAACACAGGUUGCUCAAUUAAGAGUUGAAAACUCUACGCUAUUGAAGCGCCUAACUGAUGUAAGCCAAAAGUACAAUGAAGCAGCUGUUGACAAUAGAGUUCUAAAAGCUGAUGUUGAAACACUGAGAGCAAAGGUAAAGAUGGCUGAGGAGAUGGUAAAAAGAAUAACUGGAUCAAACCUGUUCAACACAAUGUCUGAAAUAUCCUCAAUGGACAUGCCAUCAUUUGAUGGAAGCCCUUCAGACACAUCUACCGAUGCAGCUGUUCCUGUUCAAGAAAAUCCAAAUCAUCAGUUCUAUGAAUCUAGUCAUCCAGUAACUACUCCUCAGGACACUAAAGCAAACAACAAUGGCUCAGCAGAAAUCCCUGCUGCAGUUGAAAAGGGGCAACAACAGAGGUCAACAGCAGGGGGCAAAAUGGGACGAACACCAUCGAUGCAGCGAGUGGCGAGCUUGGAGCAUCUGCAGAAGAGGAUUCGUGGAUGAGUAAGAGGGCCCCCUCACCCCAAUGGAGAGCAGCAGCAGUAGGGACUGGGGAGCACAACUGAGCAAGUAAGCCGGAGGGAACUAGAAGAAGAAUUAUUGGAAGUAUUUUUGAGUGCUGCUUCUGUGGCAUACUAAUUUUGGCCAAAGCUAUGUAAAUAAAAAAUGAAUAUAAAAGAGACAAAAUUCAUUAGCUUGAUUGACAGUAUUAUGUAUUGGACUGAUAAUUAUUGCUACCCUUGAUAAAUAAUUUAAUUCACAUAAUCAUCCAAUUUUUCAA